AUGUUUCUUUCACACCAACAAGUUAUGCUGAAUUCAAGUUCCUUAACAAUAGUUUCCAUAAGCCUCCUCUUCUUCAUUUCAUUGAUCAAGGCAUCUCCUAACUUGGAAGAGUUUAAAAUCAAGAUGGAGUACGCAGUCAAGGACUAUCGGUCUUCGAUGCGAAGAUCUGUCCAGAAACUGAAAGGGUCGUUUCCUUAUGUAAGUUCAAGAGAGGCAUUUGAAUUUCAUCAUCAGAAUCUUAAGAUUGUUGAAAUGGUUGGAUUUGUUGUUUUGUCACGCGAACGCGACUUCCUUGUGCAACUAUGUAAGGUUGCCCCGUCAGUUGAGAUGGUUUUUAUUGAUACACGGAGUGAUUAUUAUCUUCGUAGUCCCAUGGCAUAUUUAUUAUUCACGCAAUGUGGAGAAAAAAAGUCGUCGAUUCAUCGCGACUUAAGGGUAGAGGGGUAG